AUAAAUCUAACCUCCACCACCGGUGUAAAUCUGCAAUUUUGUAAUUAUUUUCUAGCUUUUGAGACAAAAUGAAGGAAAAUAAUGGAGAAGACAUUGAUACCAGGAAUGUUGUUAAGAACAGGGAAUUGCUCUAUCGCAUGAUCAUCAGCCAGCUGUACUAUGAUGGCUUCCAGCCCAUAGCCGCUACGUUGGCAGCAGCUGUGCAUGCAGACCCGUGCCCUCCGAGUGACAGGUUACUGAAUGUGAUGAUGGUGGGUCUCCAGCACGAGCCGGAUCGCAAGGACCGUCUGGCUGCCUCCAGCGGAGCGGAGCACUUGCUUGGAACUACGGGCUUUGACUUGGAGUAUGAAAUGGACGCGUCAUCCCUCGCACCCGAACCAGCGACCUACGAGACGGCCUACGUGACGUCACACAAGAUGGCGUGCCGCGCCGGCGCGUUCAGCGCCUGCGGCCAGCUAGUAGCCACAGGCAGUGUGGACGCUAGUAUCAAGAUCUUGGACGUGGAGCGUAUGCUGGCCAAAUCGGCGCCGGAAGAAGUGGACCCGGGCAGAGAGCAGCAGGGGCACCCUGUUAUUAGGACUCUGUACGAUCACACGGACGAGAUAACCGCUCUGGACUUCCAUCCUCGUGAACAAAUCUUAGUGUCGGCCUCUCGCGACUGCUGUAUUAAACUGUUUGACAUCACCAAGGCGAGCGCCAAGAAAGCUUACAAGAGUAUCACGGAUGCCGAGCAAGUCCUCUGCGUGGCCUUCCAUCCCCUGGGUGACCACAUCAUAGCGUCCACCACCCACCCCGUCAUACGUCUGUAUGACGUCACAACCAGCCAAUGCUUCGUGUGCCCCGUCCCGAGCCACCAUCAUACCAAACAAGUCAAUACUAUCAAGUUCUCCCCGAACGGCAAAUACUUCGCAAGCGGCAGCGCCGACGGCUGCGUGAAGCUAUGGGACACCGUCUCCAACCGCUGUUUCAACACGUUCGUCAACGCGCACGACGGCUCGGAAGUAUGCUCCGUAGCCUUCACGAGGAACAGCAAGUAUCUCCUGACUUCUGGCCUGGACUCUUCUAUAAAACUAUGGGAGCUGUCGAGCAGCAGGUGUCUGAUUCAGUACACCGGGGCCGGAACUACCGGCAAGCAGGAACACCACGCGCAAGCGAUAUUCAACCAUACUGAAGACUACGUAAUCUUCCCUGAUGAGGCUACUACAUCUUUAUGUACUUGGCACUCGAGAAGCGCGUCUAGAGCUCAACUCAUGUCGCUGGGGCAUAACGGGGCUGUCAGACACAUCGUACACUCGGGCACGGCGCCCGCCUUCCUGACGUGCAGUGACGACUACAGGGCGCGCUUCUGGUUCAGACGGAACACGCAUUAAUAUCUACACACAACCUCAAACAUACUAUUAUAAGCGCCACUUGCACCAACCCACUAACCCGGAGUUAACCGGUUAAAGCGUUAACCCACCGUCAAAUUGCACUGGUAGCUCCAGGUUUAACCGGUUAACCCCGGGUUAGUGAAUGGUGCAAGUGGCCCUGAGUGUUUUCCAAACGAUGGAUAUGCUGACAGAUAUCAUUUGAAUACAAUUUUGCGCGAUUUGGCGUUUUUAAGUUAUACAUUAUAUGGAAAUGACACCUGUCAGCCUACCCAUCGAGUUUAAAA